UAAAACAGAGAGCGAAUAUACAGAGAGAAUCAAAAAGAGGCAAAUUCAAUCAAUCACCCAUCAUAUUCACGAAAUUCAAGCCUCAUGUCCAUACUUGCGGAAGAGCUCAUCACCCAAAUACUUAUUCUACUACCCGUCAAGCCUCUUCUACGUUUCCAGUGCGUUUCCAAGUCAUGGCUCGCUCUAAUCACCGACCCAUAUUUCAUCAAGAUCCAUGCCGAAACCAACACACAACGCAGUCUCGUUGUGGAAUCAUGUGACUGGAAGGAUGAUCAUCCUCCACAGGAUUACUACUUGGUAGACUUUUCCAACGGGGACCGGUUCGGCAAGCCCGUGAAGAUCUUCCCACCAUUCUUUCGUCCAGGAAACCUCAGCCACACCUCAGUGAUAGGUUGUUGCAACGGCUUGAUUUGCAUCCAAAAACACGGUUGCUUGGAUUGCAUCGGCGACAGUGAUUAUGAAUUCGUGAUUUGGAACCCAUUAAUCAAAAAACACAAGAAGUUACCCUUUGAGCCUGUAGACGAUACCCACAAGCUGCGACUCCAUGCAACAUUCGGGUAUGAUCCAGUCAACGACGAUUACAAGGUUUUAAGGAUUGAGUGCGGGCAAUUUCUGAAUUCUGAUGAUUGGGCGCUCGAGGCCGUUGAAGUUAAGGUAUAUAGUCUGAAAGCGCAUUCUUGGAGAAGAGUAGAAGAUCAAUUGCCUUACAAGGAGGAGGAGUCAUUUAUUUUGUCGGAGUCGGCUUUCUUGAACGGUGCUUUCCAUUGGUUGGUUGAGAGGGAAUCGGGUCCAUGGACCCUUCUCGCGUUCGAUCUCCCCACCGAGAAAUUUGGAGUGCAAACGAUUCCGUUUCAACCGUUUGAUGUAAAUUUGAAAGUGAGUUUGGAGGUUUUGGGAGGAUCGCUCUGUAUUUUUGCCGGUACUGACGUUUGGAUUAUGAAGGAGUACGGGGUAGCUAACAGUUGGAGUCGGCUUUGGACGCUGCCUAUGACUUCAUGCUCACUAGUGUUCUCAGAGGACGGCGAAAAGGUUCUGAUGAAGAAGGACAGCUUGAAGAAGAAAUUCUUUUGGUAUGACAUAAAAAAGAAGACCCUCAUGAUUGUUGAGAAUGAUCUAUCUAUUUCCAAUAAGCAUCAGACGGCGACUUGUUUGGAAGGCGGGAGCCUCCUCCUCCUCCUCGACGGUGAUAGUGACAAUUAAAUUCAGUGCCUUUCCUUUCCAUCUUCUUUUGAUUAUUUAUUUAUUUCCUGCCUUGUAAUUCAUGGUUGAUAAAAAAAAAAAUUGUUAUUCAUCAUUAAUUCA